AUGCUUUUUCUUAUUCGGCAUGGAGAAAGGGCAGAUGAUAGUACAAAUGCUGAAAAGCAACGAAUCAUUUUGCCAUUUGAUCCGCAUUUAUCUUUAAAUGGAGAAGCCUAAGCCAAAAAGACUGGAAAAUAUAUCAGAAAUAUUUUGAAAUUACAAUCUAUCGAGAAUAUCAUUCUGGUUACAUCACCCUAUUUGAGAUGCGUCUAAACUAUAAUCGGAAUUGCAAGUUAGUUAGAACAACAAAUUGAAAUAUAUAUUGCAAAGGGAUUAGGAGAAUGUUUUAGACAGGACUGGUUUGAAAAGGACAUUUUGUCAGAAUUACAUUAUUAUAAAUCCUCAUCUUAUGAGCAUGUCUUUAAAUAAUAUCCUUUGCUGAAUGUGCCCUACUAGGAGGUAAUUCAAAAAUAUCCUGAAUCCAUAUAAGAAUUUUUUGGGAGGUUUUCAGAAAAUUAUAAACGUAUGAGAGAGCAUUUCUCAAAUAAAAACAUCUUAGUUGUAACUCACGGUUAUGGUGUUCAUGCAGUAAAUAUGUUGGAAAAAUAAAUUAUAUCAAAUAAUGCUGAUUAUUGCAGUGUUAAUGUGAUAUCCUAUUAAAAAGACAAUGCAGAUUAUUUAUUGCUUAAUAGUACAGCUCAUUUAAAAAAAUCUAAAUUGUGA